AUGCCUGGAAUCAGCCUUGCCGAUACCAUCAAUCAGUUGAGCGUCAACGACGAAUGGGGCCCCGAAAUCACGCCCACCACCACUCUCGAUGGCGUCCCCUACGCUCCAUUUUCCAAGGGUGACAAACUCGGCCGCAUGGCGGACUGGACCCAAGAGGGUAAAGAAGGAAGAGAUCGUGGCGGCAGACAAUAUGGCCGAAACUUCCGAGACCAACAAAUCUACGGUGCCGGCACAUCGUCUCUUUUCGCCGUCCAGGUUGCCGAAGACGAGUCAUCCUUCUCUGUUGUCGACAACACCCGCGCAACUAUAAAGACACGUGGAUUCGGCCGAGGUGGUGUAGCUGUCUUCCGUGGCCGCGGCCAACGUGGAGCCGCGCAGCGUGGAGGCAGAGGGACGUUCCAAAGAGUCGGUCAAGGGAGGACUACAGGCCAACAGGGGGGUCAAUAUUACGACAACCGAGGCGGACGCGGUGGUCGGGGCCGUCGCUUUGGCUGGCGCGACUACGACAAGCCACAGCGGAAUCGCGAUUCGUCAGUGAACAUCCGGCCGGACUGGUCGAUGAAGGAGGAGAUCGACUUCAACCGGCUACACAAGCUGAACCUCGAAACCACCGAGGGAGAAGACUUGGACAACUACGGAUUCUUGUACUACUAUGACCGCAGCUACGACAAGCCGCCGGUCAAGAACACGGAGCGCAAACUGCUGUCGCUUGACCGUGCCGCAUACAAUGUCACCACCUCCGCGGACCCGGUGAUCCAAGAACUGGCCGAGAAGGACGAAGCGACCAUCUUCGCCACGUCGGACAUUUUGUCGAUGCUGAUGUGCGCACCCCGAUCCGUGUACAGCUGGGACAUUGUGAUUUUGAAGCAAGGAAACAAAAUCUUUCUGGACAAGCGACCCGACAGCAGCAUUGACCUGGUGACUGUGAACGAAAACGCCGCCGAUGCGCCGUUGGAGGCAGACUCGGCCAACACCCCCUCGCAACAGCAGACGGGCGUCAAAGCCGACAGCAUCAACACGCCCAGCAACCUGGCCGUGGAAGCGACCAUGAUCAACCACAACUUUGCCCUGCAGGUGGUGCUCGAGGAUCCCAACAACAAGGUCGAGUUCCCGCACCCGAACCCAUUCUACAACCCCGGCGAGGAGACGGAGCCAUUGGCCUCCAAGGCCUACAAGUACCGCCGCUUCGACCUGUCGCUCGAGCGCGACGAGGAGCCUCUGCACCUGAUUGUGCGGACGGAACUGGACGCCGCGACCAAGAACAACAUCUCAGGCGAGAAUCAGUUCCUGGUCAUCAAGGCCCUCAACGAGUUCGACCACAAGGCCCAGGGUGCAGGCGGCGCUCUGGACUGGCGCACCAAACUGCAGUCUCAACGUGGUGCGGUUGUGGCGACUGAAAUGAAGAACAACUCGUGCAAGCUCGCCCGAUGGACCACCCAGGCCAUCCUGGCCCGUGCCGACCAGAUGAAGUUGGGCUUCGUCUCGCGUGCCAACCCUAAGUCGGCAGCCAACCAUGUCAUUUUGGGAGUCAUGGGCUACAAACCCCGCGAGUUUGCUACUCAGAUGAACUUGGGCCUCAGCAACGGUUGGGGUAUUGUCCGCACCAUUGUCGACUUGGUCAGGGGUCUGUCUGAGGGUGACGACAGUGACAAGAAGUUUGUUCUGGUCAAGGAUCCCAAUAAGCCUCUUAUCCGGUUGUAUGAGGUUCCUUUGAACACCUUUGAGGAUGACGAGGAUGACGAGGAUGGUGGGCUUGCUGAUGGCAAGGAUGGUGUUGAUGAGGAAUGA